AUGAUCCUCGUUCGUGCGAUCCUCGACCCGACGACCUCCUUCAUGUCCCCCAUGGAACCCUUACCUCGGCCGCGUCGGCCGAAUGGCUUGACCAAGUUCACCAACUGCCGGCUCGUCAAGGGCGACCGGCUCGUCGAGGAUGACCUCUGGGUCAGCGCUCUGACGGGCAAGAUCAUCAACAGCCAGACGGCAUUUUACGGCGAACUCAACCUCCCGGAUACCAUCGUCGACCUGGGCGGUCGCAUCGUCGCCCCCGGCAUGAUCGACUGCCAGCUCAACGGCGCCUUCGGCUUCAACUUUUCGACCCUUCUUGACGACAUGUCACAGUAUGGCGACCACGUGACGGACGUCAAUCGUCUGCUCACCCGGACGGGGGUCACCUCCUACGUCCCCACCAUCACAAGCCAACGGCCCGAGCUGUACCAAAAGGUCCUCCCGCAUCUUGGACCCUCGGGAGGCCGGCGCGUGGCAAGCGACGGCGCCGAAUCGCUGGGCGCACACUGCGAAGGCCCGUUCCUGAACCCGACCAAGAACGGCGUGCACGAUGUCGACGUCCUGCUCGAGGCGCAGACGUACGCCGACAUGGAGGCCUGCUACGGCGCCGGGAACCUCGCGCCCGCAAAGGCCGGCGGUCUCGCGCCCGUCAAGAUGAUCACGGCGGCGCCCGAGCUCGGGCGCAUGACCAAGCUCAUCCCCGAGCUCAGGUCGAGGGGCAUCAUCUGCUCCAUCGGCCACUCGGAGGCGACGUACGAGCAGGCCUCGGCGGCCGUGGCCCAAGGGGCCACCAUGAUCACCCAUCUCUUCAACGCGAUGCGGCCUCUGCACCACCGCAACCCGGGCAUCUUCGGCGUGCUAGGCUGCGCCGAGAGCCUGCGCCGGCCGUACUUUGGCAUCAUCGCCGACGGCAUCCACCUGCACCCGACGACCAUCAAGAUCGCCUUCAACGCGUACCCGGAUGGCUUCAUCCUCGUCACCGACGCCAUGCACCUCGUCGGCCUUCCCGACGGCGCCUACCCGUGGACCAACGGCGGCCAGACGUGCAACAUUGUCAAGAAGGGCACGAAGUUGCUUCUCGAGAACUCGGACACGAUUGCGGGGAGUUCAAUCACCCUCCUCGGCUGCGUCAACAACUUCCUCCGCUGGUGCGGCACAGGCAUCCCCGAGGCCAUCAAUGCCGUGACGGCGACGCCCGCCGCCAUGCUCGGUCUUGAAGGCGUCAAGGGGACGCUCGACGCCGGCGCCGACGCCGAUCUCGUCAUCCUGUCCGAGAAUGACGAACAGGGCUCGAGCCAACUCGUGCUCGACGAAGUGUGGAAGUUUGGCUCGCGCCUGUACUGUGCUAGCGAAACGCAAUGCGAUUCGUGA